CUGUCUCCUGCACCGAUUAAUUAUCCAUCAAUUCCGACCUAUCCAUCAAGCCCAUCUACGAUAUGGUGGUUCCUUCUUGUGCUGUGGUAGAACGAGUUGAGCGACAGACGGCCCAGGGAUGCGGGGUUGACACUUCCCCGCCCUUGGAGACUUCCGGCAAGCCUCGGAAAGGCCGGAGAAGUACGCAAGCGUUCGCGUAUCACUCUACCCUUUCCGAGAAGUGCCGGCUGUGUGCUCGUUAUCUCUGAUUUCCGUCCCUUUAGAAUGUGGCGGUUGGCAUGCUUGCCCCACACCACCCCACAAUGAACGCCGACAUGGAUCGCCACAGCAAGCACGACGACGUGCAGCACGAGAACACCGUUCAACACGGGAACAUUGUCCGGGACAGGCGCGACAAGGGCGACGCAGAGAUCGAGAUCGUCCCCGUCGGAUAUCCGUACAAGCAACACGACGCCGUGUUCGGCGAGAUCGACGGCGAGCACGGGCCCAACUAUCGUAAUGUCGGCUGGAUGGGCAGCUGCGUCCUUAUGAUGAAGGCCAACGUCGGCCUUGGCGUCCUUUCCAUCCCUUAUGUGUAUCAGGUGCUGGGCAUUGCUCCUGGUACCAUCGUGAUCAUCUUGAUUCAGGCAAUGGUCACUUGGAGUGACUGGGUGGUCGGUUGCUUCAAACUCAACCAUCCCGAGGUAUAUGGUCUAGCAGACGUCGGCUUCGUGCUGUUCGGUAAGGUCGGGCGCGAGGUUCUCGCGACAUCCUUCACGAUCUACAUGAUCUUUGUUUGCGGUUCCGGCCUCGUAUCCAUCUCCACAGCUCUUAAUGCCGUAUCGAUCCACGCCACGUGCACAGCCGUCUUUAUCGUCGUCGCAGCUGCAGUCGGGUGGGGCCUGUGCUCCAUCCGCACCAUGGGACAGAUCACUUGGCUGGGCUGGAUCGGGAUGGUCAGUAUCAUGGCUGGUAUUCUUGCCAUGACUGUCGCUGUUGGUGUGCAGGAUCGGCCCAGCGACGCACCGAAGACGGGGCCAUGGGAUAGGGACUUGAAGGCCGUCGGCUCUCCAACGUUCGCCGACGCCAUCAGCGCUGUCGCGUCUGUCAUCUUCGCGGCUUCCGCCACGCCGACGUACUUUGGGAUCAUUAGCGAAAUGAGAGACGCCAGGGACUUCAACAAGUCCAUGUUCUCGGCCCAGCUCUUCGUCACUGUGACCUACGUCGUCAUCGGCCUCGUCGUGUACUGCUUCUGUGGCCAGUACGUCUCGUACCCUGCCUUGGGCUCGGCGGGACCUCUCAUGAAGCGCGUCUCUUAUGGCCUUGCCAUUCCAGGCCUGUUCGUAACACUCACCAUCUACUCCCACCUCCCCGCCAAGUACGUCUUCGUGCGCAUCCUGCGCGGCUCGAAGCACCUCACCAGCAACUCUCUCGUACACUGGGCGACAUGGCUUGGCUGUACAUUCACCUGCAUGGCGACAGCCUAUAUCAUCGCAUCCGCCAUCCCGAUCUUCUCGAGCUUGGUGUCGUUCAUCGGCGCCGUUUUCUGCCCCACCAUGUGUAUGAUUCCGUACGGGCUCAUGUGGUGGCACGACAACUGGCGUCUCAAGAACACGCCGGCGACAUGGCGUCGCUACUCCGGUAUGGCGAUCGCAUCGUUUGUCACAGUUGCCGGCAUCUUCCUCACGGUUGCCGGCACUUACGGGGCCAUUGUAGCGCUCAUCAACCAGCCGAGCGAGGGGAAGCCAUGGUCGUGCGCCGACAACUCCAACUCGGUGUGA